AGGGCCAUGCCCCAGCCCCGGGCACGUCUGAGGGCUGGGCGGGCUGGCACUGCUUAUCGGCCGCUCAGGGGCCCCGCCGCCUGUCUGUCGGCCCCGCCACACGGACGAGCAGCGCUGCCGCUGCCGGCUCAGCUGCGCUGGGCCCCGGCGGAGAACGAAGGGCGGCGGGCGGAACGCGGGAGCGCGGCUGCCGGCGCCGGCCGGGCCCGCCGCGGCGCACAACCAGCGGCCCGCCGGCGUCUCCGAGCAACCGGCGGCCGGAAGCGGCCGGCGCGGCGGAGCGGCGGUGUACUGUUCAUCCAGGGUUGCUGCCAUGGUACUCAAAGUCUUCUUUCCAUCAUGCUGCUCCUCAGCAGAAAGUGGCAUUUUGGUUGGCCGUUGGCUCUCUGAGCAGAACUCUGCUGUUGUCCUUGCUGUGCUCCACUUCCCCUUCAUUCCUGUCCAGGUGAAGCAGUAUCUCAGUGAAGUCCAACGGGUGACUAAAGUCAGUGUUUCCGUGCUUGGCUCGUGGAGCAACAGCAAACAAGAGAAAGAAGAGAGUCUGAGUGAGUUCUUGGAAGACCUUGGGACAAUAUUCUCCCAUGAGCCAUGGAUUCAAAUAAGCAAAGAGGGAGACAGCAAAUUCUGGAGCUGUUCUACCCUUCAGAAACACUCUACCAGCCCUAAGGAGGAAGAAAUCAUCUUGGUAUACUAUGACCAGCGCAAAGUCAUGCUUUCCCAUCUGCAUCCCCCUUUGGACACAGCUGCCUCCACUGAUCACGAGGCAAAGGAUGCCUCCAAGCUCUCUGCCAUCUUUGACACAGUUGCAAAGAGCACAGUCCUGUUCAUGACAGACAGAUAUGAUGAUGGACCCAUCAAGCUGACCCACUGGCAGUCAGAUGGCGUUGAAGCCAGUAUCAUCGUGGAGCUGCUGAAGCAGGCCUCUGUCCCUGCAUGCAUGCUGCUGACCUUCCUGCUUUCACUUAUCUCUGGGAUCUGCAGGAGCAGGGUACUGAAGUUUUGGCCCUUGUCUUUCUUAUGGAGUAAACUUUCAACCUGUGAGCAGCUAGGACAUCGCCUGCAGCACCUCCAGGUCAUCAGCAGCAACAAGAAGGCUCAAAACCAGGCUCAGCUAAUGAGGAGUAGCAGCAUACCAAUGAAAGUCAACAGAUCUCUGCACUGUGCCUCUUCAUUGUCCUGGUGUCCCUGGGAUAUUAAAGAUGCUGUGAAAGCCAACAUCUUUGUCUCUCUGCUCAUUGAUGUGGCUCUGGGGAUCCUGCUGAUGUCCUGGCUGUACAGAAAGAACCGAAUUGGUCACCUUGCUGACACUCUCAUCCCCGUGGCUGAUCACGUAGCUGAAGAGCUCCAGGACCUGCUGCAGUGGCUAAUGGGAGCACCAGCUGGACUGAAAAUGAACAGAGCUUUGGAUCAGGUUUUGGGCCGCUUCUUCCUCUACCACAUCCAUCUUUGGAUUAGCUACAUUCACCUGAUGUCCCCGUUCAUCGAGAUGAUCCUCUGGUACGUGGGGCUGUCGGCGUGUCUGGGCCUGACCGUGGCUCUCUGCAUCCUCUCUGACGUCAUCGCGCUUCUCACCUUCCACAUCUACUGCUUCUAUGUCUAUGGAGCCAGGCUCUACUGCCUGAAGAUUUACGGCCUGUCAUCUCUGUGGCGCCUGUUCCGUGGGAAGAAGUGGAACGUCCUCCGGCAGCGGGUGGAUUCCUGCUCCUAUGACUUGGACCAGUUAUUUAUUGGCACCUUGCUGUUUACAAUCCUGCUCUUCCUCCUGCCCACCACCGCGCUCUAUUAUUUGGUGUUCACCCUGCUCCGUUUGCUGGUGGUGAUUGUGCAAGGCCUGAUACACUUGCUGGUUGACCUGAUUGACUCUCUGCCUCUCUAUUCAAUCAUCCUUCGGCUCUGCAGAUCCUACAGACUUGCAGCUGGUGUGAAGUUCAGAGUCCUUGAGCAGCAGGAUGGAAAACCUCUUCGACUCCUUAUGCAGAUCAACCCUCUGUCAUAUGGCAGCGUGGUACAGACAUACAGGCUGCCAACCUACAGCUGUUACCCUAAGGAUUCCUGGACAUCUCUCUGCAAGAAGCUGUUCCUUGGAGAGCUAAUCUACCCUUGGAAACACAAAGGAGAGAAGCAGGACUAAAGAGAACAGAAGAGCUUGAGAGACUUGGUCAGAAGGACAUGUUGAACCCUGAUACUUUUGGACCAAAGGCAUCUCAGAGCCAGCAACUGUAAGAUCCCUUUAGUUAGAUGUUGGGAACCUGGGAGGGGCUGAAUUUUUCGAGGCAAGUAUUUUUAAACAUUCUUUUUCAACUUUC